AGAGGCAUCGGCAUUCUUGUUUGCUUGUACCAUCGUCUUCUUUCUCCGUCGUGUUAGGGUUUGGAACAUUGUAAAUUGCCUUUCAUUUCUUCACACAUGCCAUUCACACCAGCUUCCUUGCGUAUUACGCCAAAUUAAUGCGAUUUUUCGGCCGACGUUUUACUACAUUUAACGAUUUGUUGGAAAAUCGCGUUUCAUCCGCGGUUUCCUUUCGGGGGUUCAAAAUAUCGGAAAAUAACGAUCGUAUCGCGCUCGUUCCGAAAAAUUCAUUUUCAACUGCAUAACUUCUCGAAUCUUUGUUGAGAAAUUGCUCUUCCCUCACCCAACGGAGGGUGGUGCCAGCAACUUUAUAUCGUCUCUUUAGUCGCUGAAUUUUGUUACGAAUUUGUUCUGCUGAAUGUAAUUCAUUGGUGAAUAUAUCUUUCUUCGAUUCUAUCAGAGAUUUUGGGCUGCAUUUUGGAGGAUCGGAUCAUUUCAGUAAUCGAGUUAGUCCGGUGGAACAUCAUUUAAUCCGGAGAAAAGAGAUGGUUCAUCAUUCUAGUUUUGUUGAUGAAGAAGGAGUCGACAAAGCUUGUGGGUGUCCUCUACUUCCCUUGAAAAGCCACAUAAAGGGACCGGCUCCAAAUUCAGAUCAAGACAGAACUGAUAUAGUGGAUGAAGCUAUCACGUUCUUUCGCGCCAAUGUUUUCUUCCGAAACUUUGAUAUCAAGAGCCCUGCUGAUAAGCUUCUUAUAUACCUGACAUUUUACAUUAACGUGGCUCUCAAGAGGCUUGAAGGUUGCAGAACUUUAGCCGAAGGUACGAAGGCAAUCAUUAACUUGGGUCUGGAAGACGUUCCUGUACCUGGAGAGUCUGGCUUUCCUUUUCCAGGCCUUUUCCCUCUUCCGCAAUCACGGAAGGAAGCAGAACUAUUCAGAAAUUAUUUGAAGCAGACAAGGGAGGAAACAAGUGGGAGGCUAUUGAGCGUGGCAUACAGACCCAAUGGGACUCCCAAUAAAUGGUGGCUGGCAUUUGCAAAGAGGAAAUUUAUGAAUAUAAUUGUUCCUUGAAUUGUUGUGACGUACAGACUCUGCUUGAAUCAUAGGUUAAGCGUUGAAAAACACAUUUAGCAUUAAGUUGAUAUGUGAAUAAGAUUUAUGGUAAAAAAAAAAAAGGAGGUAUUAUUGUUUCUUUUUAGGUCUCAGUAUCCAACCUCUCCUUUGUCUGUCCACUGAAACUUUAUUUGUCAUAUUUUGGUGUGUCUGUCAAAUUGGGUUCCCUUCAGCGUCACCUUGUAAUGGGUACUUCGGAUGCUCAUCUCCACAAGAAGUUCUAUUCCAGUUAUUUAGUGCUUUAA